AUGGAAUUGACCCGCUCGCCGCCUUGCCAUCCGGCGGCUUCCCACACGAGCCGACAGCGCCGUCGCCGCCGCCGCCGCCGCCCCUCCCCCCAUCAACCCACCCCUUCCCACUUCCUUCCUAUCCUGUUUGCCUCGAAAACGACGAUCAUGAUGCGUUUUGUAAGUCCGGCCAGGGGUGAUGCUCCCCCCCCCCCCAGCACCAUAGUCGCGCAAUCGCCAGAUCGGCAUCGAGUCAACCUAACCCUCCUAACCCACACACCUCUCCACUCUUGUGCCAAGCCCACCUGA